UUUGUUAAAACAAUGACAAUUUUACAACACCUUAUUUCAGUCGGUUACAUUUUUACAUUUUAAAGCAUUUGCACUACAACACAGUCGCACAGCAUUACCUGUUAGGUUUUACACCUGUGUUAUUUCCAGCGAACUUGCAACAUCGGUUUUACCGUUUAGAUUUGAUUUGGCACAAAUCGCGUAACGCUUACACAGCUUAAUAAUGUUCCCAAAACACGUUUUCUAGGAAAAAACAUUUUCUUUCUUUUUUUCUGUUAUCCAUCAAGACAGUCCGUGAAAAUGAACGCCUCUGAUGAAAUAGGAUCUUUGAAAAUUACUCCAGAGUCCCUGAAACAGCUUCUGGAGUUUUUUAACCUCUCGCGUCAGGACUUUAUUGACACUUAUAAUUUGCAUCCUCUGGUCUACAUCCCUGAAUUGCCCCCUAGUGCUAAGACAUUUUUUGUUGUUAUUUAUGUAAUAAUAUUUGUCCUAGCUCUUGUCGGAAACAGCCUGGUGGUCUACGUUGUAGUCAGAAAGAGGACAGUGCGGACAGCUACCAACAUAUUCAUCUGUUCCCUGGCUGUGAGCGAUCUUCUGAUUACUUUCUUUUGUAUACCUUUUACUUUACUACAAAACAUCUCUUCACAGUGGCUGGGAGGUGUCUAUGUAUGCAAGACGGUCCCUUUUGUGCAGAGCACAGCCAUAGUGACUGGUAUCCUUACCAUGACUUGCAUUGCUGUGGAGCGAUACCAAGGCAUAGUAUACCCACUGAAAAUGAAAAGGCAGUACACAUCAAAAAGAGUGUACAAAAUUCUAGGAGUGGUUUGGACUGUUGCUGUAAUAUUAGGGUCCCCAAUGUUGUAUGUACAGCAGCUUGAGGUGAAAUAUGAUUUCCUGUAUGACCACCACCAUGUGUGCUGUCAGGAACGUUGGCGCUCCCCUGCCCACCGCCAGGUUUAUGCCACCUUCAUCCUUGUGGCUCUGUUUCUCCUUCCACUGACCGCCAUGCUGAUUCUGUACACCAGAAUAUCCUUUGAGCUUUGGAUCCGGAAGCGUGUUGGGGACUCCUCUGUAUUCAACACAAUGAACCACAGGGAAGUCAACAAGAUUACAAGGAAGAAGAAGCGUGCUGUUAAGAUGAUGAUUACAGUUGUUUUGCUUUUUACUAUAUGCUGGGCUCCAUUUCACAUUGUGCACAUGCUCUUUGAAUAUAAUGACUUUGAAAAUGAGUACGAUGAGAUCACAGUCAGCAUGAUUCUUGCCAUUGUGCAGGCAAUAGGAUUCUCCAAUUCCUUCAAUAACCCUAUUGUCUACGCCUUCAUGAAUGAGAACUUCAAGAAAAACUUCAUGACUACCCUUUCCCAUUGCAUCCGGAGGCCAAACCAGAAUUUACAGCAGGAAAUCAGUAUGGAGAGGCCAAUACUGAAUAUGCCUGCUUAUAAUCCUGUGAGACGGGAGGCCUUCCAAACAGAUAGCCAGACACAGAGAAUUGAGUUCAAACUUUCUGAGAAUGUUGCAUUGAUACCAUCCAAUGAAGAAAAAUUAUCUGUACAAGCAGAAUGAAUGAAAUGAUUUAUGUCUCUUCAGGACAGAACUGUGUUUUUAUUCUUGAAACCCAAGGAUUAAAAACAAUUAUAUUGCACAUCACCUUAUAACAUAACAUCUUGAACAAUAUUGUGCUAUGGUGUGUUUCAGUAAGUAUUUUGUUUGGGCAUGAAGUGCUAGCCUUGUUGAAUCUUUAUGGACAUCUUAUCUACAGUAUUGUCAGUUACUAUUUCAUUGUGGAAUAAGGUCCUAUCGACACAUCUUGUAUACCUUAGUCUACCCAUGUGCAUGUUCA